AUGUCGGAAGGGUCCGCAGACAGUAAAAGUGGCCUUGCUGAGCCAGCAUUUUAUUUUCACACCUCCGGCACGUCCACAGGCCUCCCGUCGCCGAUACCACAGAGUCACUCUAUGAUUAAAGCUCUACCUUGUUUCCAGAAGAACAAUCAAACAGCUACGUUUUCCACAACGCCGCUCUACCAUGGUGGCCUAGCCGAUUGCCUUCGUGCCUGGACGAGCGGCGCAAUGAUGUGGUGCUUCCCCGAAGGCAAAUUUCCUUUAACGGCUGGGAACAUUGUCCAAGUCGUCAACUAUGCCCGGGAGGCAGAUGUCGCCCCUGUCAAAUUUUUCUCCUCGGUUCCUUACGUGCUCCAAAUGAUGAUGGAAGACGAGCGCGGUCUACAAAUACUGAGUUCCAUGGAUCUGGUUGGAGUUGGCGGCGCAGCUAUGCCCGUAGCAACAGGAAAUCGCCUUAUUCAAUUAGGCAUCAACUUGUUGUCCCGAUUUGGUAGUGCCGAGUGCGGCUUCUUACUCUCGUCGCAUCGCGAUUACAAGAAUGACCAGGAGUGGGAAUAUCUACGUGUUCAUGUGACCCCAGAGUUUCUCCAAUUCGAACCCAGGGACGGCGGACUUUCUGAGCUUGUCGUCAAGCCGAUGUGGCCUUUCAGAAGUAAAACAAAUCGCGACGACGGCUCGUAUGCGACCGCAGAUCUCUUCGAACCUCAUCCCAGUCGCAACAAUCUGUGGCGUUACCAUAGCCGAGCGGAUUCACAGAUCACUUUGGCCAAUGGCAAGAAAUUCGACCCGGCCCCCCUUGAGCAGGAACUUCAAUCUGCAACGCCAUUGCUGCGGGAUGUUUAUGUUUUUGGCACAGGCCAGGUCUGUGCAGGGGCUCUCUUGUUUCCUAGCUCCGACGUGACGCCUGAAGAACUCCUGCACGCCGUGAAUCCAGUUCUUACAGAGUUAAACGCCCGCAGCCCUCCUCAUGCACGUGUUGAAGAGUCAAUGGUGGUGGUAGUUUCAUCCUCUGCUGGAGCUACUCAUCUACCCAAGAGCAGCAAAGGCUCUAUCUUGCGGCAUCAGGCAGAUGUUAUGUUUUCAAACCUCAUCGAAUCAGCGUACAGCAUCGCUCCUGACGGGUAUGAUGCGAGCCCGAUUCGCCUCGAUGUGACUGAUUUACUGCAUGAGCUUUUGCAGUGCUUCCACCGUGUGCUGCAUCGCCCAGUCGAUCCUGAUCAAGACCUUUACCAACAAGGCGUGGACUCGAUUGCAUGCAUUCAGGUCCGAAAGAUCAUUGAACGGAAACGGCUGGUUCCUGUCAAUUGUAAAUUCCCCCUGAACAUCAUCUAUGACCAAGGGACAGUUCGUGGCCUGGCAACUUACGUCGACGCCAUGUGGGACCCUUCAGCCCACCGAGAGCGUGCCCAUGACGCCCAGUUUGCGUACAUGGAAUCUUUGGCCGACAAAUAUGAUGUGCAACCCCCACGCAGGCCACAUGGGAAGUUAGAAUCUGCCAAUGCUACCAUCGUCAUCACUGGUGCGACCGGCUUUCUUGGCGCCUAUAUUUUAGGAUUGCUCCGCCAGCGACCAAUUGCGACAAGAAGAAUAUGUUGCCUUGUUCGAGCUCGGACUGUUGAUGAAGCUCAUGAACGGGUCUCGGAAUGUCAGGCAGAGCGCGGUUUUCACCAUUUGCCCCGUAGCACAGAUGAACCAGAUGAGGAACAGUCUAUUGUUUGUCUGCCCUUUGAAACUGAUAAGCCUCGUCUCGGUCUAGAUGAAGGCACAUGGCAAGAGCUUGUGCACGACACCGCAUUGAUCAUUCACGGAGCGUGGCCAGUCAAUUUCAAUCUGCCACUUUCUUCUUACGACAAUCAAUUUGCGUGUGUUGCCGCGCUACUCGCUCUGGCCGGACAGUCUGAUGCGCAUUUCGUCUUCAUCAGCUCUGUGGCUGCUGCUGUCGCGACUGACCAGUCCACAAUCAAAGAAGCAAUUUCAAAUGAUCCGGCGCAUGCGGCGCCUCUUGGAUACGCCAGAUCCAAAUGGGUCGCCGAGAGAAUAUGCGCCAAGUUCAACCAGGCCUUUGAUGGCGACACGCCAAGAAGUGUCGCGUCGAUCAUUCGAAUUGGACAAUUGUGUGGCGAUACCUUAACUGGCGCCUGGAAUCGGAGCGAGGCGUAUCCACUGAUGUUCUCUGCCUCCACCGCAGUUGGUGCCUUGCCGGACCUGGAUGCCGAGGGAACGAACUGGCUGCCGGUUGAUGUCGCUGCACGUUCCGUCCUGGAGAUUGCAUUUGCGAGACUAUCAAAUGACCAUAGCGAGUCAUCUCAGACGCAAGGGGUCGAGCAUAGCAACGCUACUUUGCAGGCUCGACCAACACCAGUAUUUCAUGUUGCCAACCCACAUGACUCCACACCGUGGCGCCAGGUCCUCCAGUGGAUUUCUUCAGCUGCGUCUCUAAUGACUCCGCCAAAUCAUCUUCACAUUCUACCAGCCUCAGACUGGGUAGAUCGAGUCGAACAUCAGUUAUCUGAGGAUCACCACGCGCGUAGUCUUCUGGGCUUCUGGAGGCAGAGCUAUGCUGGGACCAGCCGAGCUCCUCGGGUUGUCAGGAAGCCACCUCGUAUCGAGAUCACUCGAGCCAGGGCAUUGGCAGAAAGUAUGAGCAUCGUGGGUCCAAUGGAUCAGCAAACCGCCGAUCGACUCUGGCGUUGGGUCCAGCUACAUGUUUGA